AUGUUUCUAAAUGCUGCCUUUUCAAUUUUCAAUAAUUUGUUGGUCAUUUUGGUGACUAUGAAAUAUCCAAACCUUCGCAAUCCUAUCAAUAUUUUUAUUCUCAACCUCUCAUUUUCCGAUCUGUUAAUCACACUGUGUGGGACCACCAUUGUGAUUAGUACCAAUUACCAUGGAUAUUUUUACCUGGGUGAAAAAUUCUGUAUUUUCCAGGGCUUUGCUGUCAACUACUUUGGAAUUGUAUCACUUUGGUCUCUGACCAUCUUAGCCUAUGAAAGAUACAAUGUGGUGUGUGAGCCAAUCGGAGCUCUGAAGCUCAGUACACAAAGGGGUUACCAAGGAUUAGCUUUUAUUUGGCUGUUCUGUCUAAUUUGGGCAAUAGCACCUCUGUUUGGCUGGAGUUCCUAUGGUCUUGAAGGUGUUCAAACUUCUUGCUCCAUUGGAUGGGAAGAGAGAUCCUGGAGUAACUAUAGCUACCUGAUUACAUACUUUCUGACAUGCUUCAUUAUUCCUGUUGCCAUUAUUGGAUUCUCAUAUGGAAGCAUUCUCCGUUCGCUGCAUAAGGUGAAAAUAGAAGAGCAGGGAGGAAGGAGUAACAAAGAAGAAGAGCUCCGGGUUGUGGUUAUGGUGUUGUUUAUGGUUAUUGCUUUUCUGAUCUGCUGGCUUCCAUACACCAUUUUUGCUCUUAUUGUUGUCAUUAACCCAACACUCUACAUUUCUCCUCUUGCUGCAACUCUGCCUACAUACUUUGCCAAGACCAGUCCUGUCUACAACCCAAUUAUCUACAUAUUUUUAAAUAAACAGGUAAGGAGUUGA